AUGUCCAUCCUGAAGUCUCUGGAUGACCGCAUCUCUCUCUACGGCGAACGGCCGCGAGACCUGACCCCGCUGAGCGCGCUCAACGAAGUGACGAAGGGCGCCACCACCCCGCUCCCUUUAGAGUCCGCGCUUCCUCCCGGCGCGCUGCGGCUGGCGACGGACUUCAAGAAACACGCGUUGAAGAGUGAGAGCGAGCUUGAGGCAGAUCGUUUGAGAGGCGUCUCUGUCACCCCGUACUGGUGCCCGGACCUGCGGCGCUCAAAGCAGUGCCGCCGCGAGCUGUUCGCCACGCUGUACAACCGCCAGCUUCUCACCUUCAGGCGACGCAUCUUCUCGAGGGUCUCAAUCUUCUUCGUCUGGAAGAAGACAGGUAUGACCAGGCUGAUUGUGGACGCCCGCUCGACCAACGAGAAGUGCCGGAUGCCCCCUCACACUGACUUGGGCACGAUCGCCGCCUUGGCGGACGUGGAUCUCAGCCUGGCCGAGCUCUCCGACAUCGCGGACGCCGAGCUGAGCACCGAGGAGGAGGCCGAGCUACUCAAGGGGCAGGGCGGGCUUUUCUCUCUCCCUUUCUCUGGGAGCUCUCUGGACGUGGUCGACGGCUUCUACCAGUUUGACAACUGGCGUAUGGCGAGCUGGUUCGGGAUGGAUGAUCCCGACGAGGCUGGCGUCUACGGAGUCACCGAGGUCUGGGAUGACGACCUCGAGAAGAUGGUGCCGCUGCAGCCCACUGACAUCGUGUACCCCUGCUUCAGAGCGCUUAGCAUGGGUUUUACGUGGGCUCUCUAUUUUUGUCAUUCAGCUGUGGAGCAUAUCGUCGCUGCCGGGGUCCCUGGGGGCGCCUCUCGAGCUGCUCGGGAGAAGCACCGGGCGCCGCGGGCCUCGUUUGCAAGUCCGAUCACCUCGACCUACGUCGACAACGCGGCCCUGCUGUCUGCUAAUACCAGUACUUCAGACCUACAGACUGUUCUUCAUCAGUUCUCUGCGCGUGACAUGCGCACACACGACAUAGUAGAGCACACCUUUGCGCUAGAGCACUUGGGCGCCAUCUUCGACGGACAUCGUCGUCUUCUGCAUCACCAGCCGCGCCGAGUGUGGCGAGUGUACCUGGCCGGCAAAGAACUACUCCGACGUCGGCGACUUCGAGGUGAGGUCCUUCGAGUCUGGAUCGGCCACGUGGUGCACCUCUUCAUGCUCAACAGGCCGGCGUUGUCCUGUCUGUGGGCAGUCUACCAGUUCAUCCAACAUGCACUCGAGCGGCGGUGCCGGGUGUGGGGCUCUGUGCGCCAGGAGAUUAAAGUGAUUCUGGGUCUAGUCUUCCUCUGCCAGCGCGACUUGAGUGCUCCACGGCUGCGGAUGGCCUACUGCUCUGACUCCUCUGACCUGGGGUACUGCUUGGCGGUCACGAGCGCUUCGGAUGCGGAGCUCAGAGAGGCGGCAGCUUAUCGCGAACGAUGGCGUUUCAUCGAGGAUCGGUUGGACCCGCGGUGCGAGUUGGUCCCCUACCUCGGGCUCUGCGACAGCGCUGGCCUCUCGCCCCUGGGGGGCUCGCCAGAGCCGUGGCAAGAGGUGCCCGCACUCGGUGCCAAUUGGGGCCCGCCCGAGCGCUGGAAGACCCUCUUCGAGCGGAAGUGGAAUGACCCAACUGAGCACAUCAACACCAAGGAAGGCAGGGUGAUGCUGGCGGGGCUUCGGCGUGCCUGCCGCAACCCGCGCUGCCACAAGAAGCGGCUCCUCUCCCUCUCCGACAGCCUGGUCGCCUGUUGCGCCUUUGAUCGAGGGCGUGGGCGAGGCACGGAGAAGACCAACUGGGGCCUUCGCUAUCUUGGCCAACGGGCAGCAGCUCUGCAGAUCGCCUGCGACAUUCAGUGGGCGACUCGACACCUCGAGGGAGUUCGCAACCCCACGGACGCGGGCUCUCGCCGUUUUGACGGAGGUGCUGACCCGACGGAGAGGGCACGCAACCUCGGCUUGGAGCGAGGCGGUCAUGACAUGGACUCGGGCCCCCUCUCCGGGCUCAUCAAGGAGGCCCUCACCAUCGUGUACGGCGCCCCGCAGGACUUCUACGGGGCCUCCCACGGGCACCUCAAGGGCUUCAGCGUGUUCUUCGGCUCCCGGCAGGACCUCUUCGGGGACUCCAUCAAGGCCUCCAAGCCCAAGGGCUACGACUUGAACCGCACGCUGCGCGUUAGGAGAGGGGCGAUCUUUUUGGAGCUGUUCGCGGGCCACGAGGGCCUCACCAGGGCCGUGGCCUCUCUAGGCGUUCCAAGUGGAGAAGGUAUCGAGCUCUCGAAAGGCCCCGAGUAUGACCUCUUGGACCCCGGCAUCAGGCAGUACAUCAUCGGUCUCAUUCAACGGGGCAAAUGGAAGUCGGCCCCGCACGUCGGCGACGAGCUCGACAGGGUCCCGGGCAGGCUCAUCGCUUACGUCGGCCAGCAGCUCGGCGCUCGACGACAGCGUCUCGCGCGACCGCCUGCUGUACGACACGGACCUGCCCCUUUGCCUCGGAACCUGGUCGAGAACAGCGUCUCGGCCGCCACCCUGCACACCUACAAGGCGGAGGUCGGCGAGUUCGAGGCUUGGGCAGCUGGCAGGGUGCGCAGCCUCCGCACGCACGAGGCGGCAGACUCUGCGAUGUCGGACUACUUCGAGUGGCUCUACGCCCAGAGAGAGCAGCCGCAGAUCGGCAGGUGGGCCCUGUACGGCUACGCGCUGCUGAGGCUCUCGCAUCUGGGCCGCGGAGGGCACGUCCUGCCCAAGGCCAAGGCAGCUCUUCGAGGUUGGAUUCGCCAGAUGCCUGGUCGCAUUCGUGACCCUUGUCCCAUCGAGGCGGCCUGGUUGAUAGUUCAGUGGCUUCUUCUCAAGAAUCAAGCUUUCUACUUCUGGUGUGCCCUUGCUGUGGUGUUGCAAGUGGAUACCUAUGUCCGCCCGGGCGCCCUGAUGGGCAUCAAGCGAGAAGACCUACUGCCCCCAAUUCGCCAACGUGGCUCACGCUACACCGAUUGGGGCCUCGUUCUCUCUCCUAGCACCCGAGCUGGCAAGACCAAGUCUGGCGAGCAAGAUGACACGCUGGUCAUUGGUAUCCUCGACCGCACCUUCGUGAAGGACGUGGCCGCUUUCUUGCAUGGGUCCGCUCACGAUGGUGAGCGGGUUUUUCGCCACCUCACACUCCCGUCUUACGAGAAGUCCAUCAAAGAAGCCUCAGAGGCGCUGGAGCUGGAUGCCCUGAGGAUUGUGCCGCAUUGUUUCCGACACACUGGCCCCUCGACUGAUGCCUAUCUCAAUGCCCUCAGCAUCCAGCAGAUUCAAGAUCGUGGUAAAUGGAAGUGCCCCGCCUCGGUGAGGCGAUACGAGAAGCACGCAGCUCUACUACGUCAGUCGCACAAAAUGACACCCCGCCAGCGGCGGGAUGCUAUUGCUGCCGGUCGCCAACUCCCGGACCUGCUCAAGCACGCUUUUCGCCAGUAUCGUUAA